AUGGUCAGGUACUUCUUUUACAAAGGCUGCCUUCCGGAUACUCAGCAGAGGCUCCAAGAACUAGUCGCAGUAGCCUAUCAAACUGCAAGAGAUAGAAAGCCCUUCCCAAAGGCCAUUCUAAUCAGAUCUGUAGUCCAUGCUACAACCAACAUCAUGGGACGCCCUCAGAAGGACCCCCUCGGACCACAUGUGACGCUUUGCUACAAGGACGAAGAUCAACUGACUAAAGGAACUCAUGUUGCUUGUCAUGGCUACGUGGAAGGGCCAAACAGGUUGAUAUUCGUUAGAUCCACGCAUGCUGGAGAGAAAGUGGACACUUGGCCACCUGAGGAAGAGCUUGACGAAGCCCCUGAGAUUGGCUAUGGACACUUUCCGGAACCAGCAGAAACAGAUUGCACAGGCGUCAAUACUUGA